UCCAGCUUCCCUUCCAAUUCACCACGAAGUGGCCUCUUGUAUGGCGAUUGUAGGGUAAAGUAAAAUUUCGAGUUCAAUACGGUUCCACUGUUGUUAAGGGUUUGUUCGAAAGCUCCGUGCGCUUGCUUCAAUUUUGUGCGAAACGCCGAUUAAAAUUCAAUUCAAAAUGUUCGUGUCGACAGUCUCUCGCAUUGCCCCCGUUGCCAGGACCGCGCUCCUUGCCAACUCCAAGCAAUACUUGCGACCAUUGAGCAGCGCCGUCAUCAGCCAGAGCCAAUCCUUGGCUGCCCAGAACACAACCCCCGUUGCAUUACUGCCACAGAUCAGGUCAUUCCAGACCUCGCCAGUCACGCGUGACAUUGAUUCGGCUGCCAAAUUCAUUGGUGCUGGUGCUGCAACAGUCGGCGUCGCUGGUUCCGGUGCUGGUAUCGGAUCAGUAUUCGGUUCCCUCAUCAUCGGCUAUGCCAGAAACCCAUCGUUGAAACAGCAGCUGUUCUCCUAUGCCAUCUUGGGCUUCGCCCUGUCUGAGGCUAUGGGUCUGUUCUGUCUUAUGAUGGCUUUCCUGCUGCUGUUCGCCUUCUAAGCGUCGCUCCUCGUCCUUUUCUCGUGCAAUUGUGUGUGCGUUGUGUGUGUGCGUGUGUGUUGUGCGAACGACAUUUCAUCAACACAGCGCAACACGGCGGCAAGGAGAAAGCAAAGUAUAGAAGAAACAACAAACAACCAACAUCAACGUUCGUUUUUCGAUUAUUAAUGAUAACUGAUAGCAACAACAUCCUGUGUACUAUCUAAUUAUAUAAUAACAACAACAUAAUAUAUGUAAUUUUGUUUUUAAAAAACAUUCGAAAUUGUAGUAAUCGCAUAAACACAAGCUACCAACAACAACGCGAACGAAGAAAACACCUUGAUUUAAGUUUAAACAAAAAGAAGCAACUUGCUAAUAAAAAACACUGGAAAACACUCGACUAAAGUGGUUAGAAAGGAGUAAAACAGUUGGCAAGCAAAACGAGUAACCGAAUCGAAAAGUUGCGAUUAAUUGUAAAAUUAAAUUUUAAUUCAUGCAAGGCUUUUAGGUUCACACAGCCCCCAUACAAAAUCUACAAUCAACAUUCACUGCCACCCUACGGCCCCUUCAAGAAGUGAGAAGUCUGAGCGUGUUAUCCAACUCUCUCUCUCUCCCCCCAAGGGCCUUGACAACGCUAUCAGUCGAGGCGGCAGGUAGCACGUGCAAAUUUCUUACACAAUCAACAUCCUGGGGCCGUGGCGUGUAUGCAGCUGUGUGUUUCUGCUAAUUUUGAAUUUAUGUGGCGCGUACUGAUAACGUUUCUUUGUAUAUUUAAAGAUUGUUUUCUUUUUGUUAUUGCCACUUAAUAUUUAUUUUCACGUUGAGUGUUUUCUUGGCUAGAGCAACACGAAUAUGAGAAAUUUAAAAGAUUGUGAAAUAAAGGAAAAAUGAAUGCGUUAAUGGAA